AGAAACACAAAGACGCGAGGAGGCUGGGAAGAUCGGAGAAGUGGGACAAGGACAAGGGGAGGGACCGACGGAGCCUGGAGGCCCGACCCUAGCCCAGCCCCGCAGGGCCAGAGGAGCGCGGGGCCGGUCUGUGCCGCCCCCUGGCGGGGAGGCUGCGGUAACGAGGAGGUGUGACGACGAGGCCUCAGCUAAUGCCGAAGGGGGCGGGGCUAGAACUUCGCGCGGGGCUGAGUCUAGGCGGGACUGAGUUCCAAGGGAAGAGGCUGGACCAACCACAGGGAGAGUGGGUAGGCGGGGCCUAUGAGGGGCGUGGCUUCAGGGGGUGGAGAGCCCCCUGAGCCCGGGAGGGGGCGUGACAGAACCUUAAAGGAGCCACCGGCGAUCGGGGGAGGCGGGGCGCGGGUGGCCUGCUGGAGGGCAAAGGGGCGGGGUUUGAACGCCAGGAGAGGCGGAGAUAGAAUUCUAGUGGAGGGGCGAGAUCUAAUACCCGGGAGCGGCAGGUGUAGAAUCCUGGGAGGGGCGGGUGCAGAGUGCUGGGCGGGGCGGGAGUAGAAUCCUAGGGAGGACCCGCGUGGAAUCUCAGAGAGGGCGGGACAGCUUGAGCCAGUGCGGCCGGAGCCCAAGGUCGGCUCCGCGGGGGGGAAUGGGGGAGGGAAGGGGUGGGUCCUGUGACGUCAGCGAGUCCGAGCUGCGGGAGAGAAGCCUGGGGCCGGGGGCACCGAGCGGGGAGAGCCCGGCCCCGAGAGCAGAGCCGCGAGAGUAGACCGGGCGGGAACCGGCUCAGAGCCGGAGCCCCUCAGACACCUGCUCUACCGCCCUGCGGAUCGGCGCUCACGGAGUGGCCCGCAGGCCCCCGCCCGGGCCCAGUCCCUCCCCGGGCCCCCCCAUGGCCCUGGCCGCAGCCCUCCCGCCGUCGAGAUCGUCGCCGACGCUGCCGCUCCUGCCGCUGCUGCUGCUGCUGCUUCUGCUCCGGGAAACCGGAGCCCAGGAUGUCCAAGUUCGAGUGCCACCCGAGGUGCGGGGCUACCUGGGCAGCACCGUGCAGCUGCCGUGCCACCUGUUGCCUCCGGGACCGGAAGUCCGAGUGUCACAGGUGACCUGGCUGCAUGUAGACGCAGCCGGGGUCAGCAAGAGUGUGGCCGCCUUCCACCCCUCCUACGGCCCCAGCUUCCGCAGCCCAAAACCUGGUGAAGAGCGGCUGUCCUUUGUCACUGCUGGGCAGAGUGCAGGGACCAGGCAGGGCACCGAGAUGGAUCUGCGGGACGCCACGCUGGCCCUCCGGGGACUGACAGUGGACGACGAGGGCAACUACACCUGCGAGUUUGCCACCUUCCCCAGUGGCACCAGUCGCGGGGUGACCUGGCUCAAAGCCAUAGCACAGCCCCAGAACCACGCCGAAACGCAGGAGGUCACGCUCAGCCUGGAUCCUGUACCCGUGGCCCGCUGUGUCUCUGAGGGUGGCCGCCCACCCGCUCGAAUCUCCUGGUUCUCACCCCUGGAUGGGGAGACCAAAGAGACUCAGAUGUCGGGGCCGGUGCCCGGCACAGUCACCGUCACCAGCCGGUUCACCUUGGUGCCCUUGAGCCGAGCAGAUGGUGUCAAGGUCACCUGCAAAGUAGAGCAUGAGAGCUUCGAGGAGCCGAUCCUGCUGCCUGUGACCCUCUCCGUGCGCUAUCCCCCUGAGGUCUCCAUCUCCGGCUACGACGACAACUGGUACCUAGGCCGCAGCGAGGCCACCCUGAGCUGUGACGUCCGCAGCAAACCGGAGCCCACAGGCUAUGACUGGAGCACGACAGCAGGCGUCUUCCCAGCCUCAGCAGUAGCCCAGGGCCCCCAGCUGAUCAUCCACUCAGUGGACAGACUGGUCAACACCACAUUCAUCUGCACAGUCACCAACGCCGUGGGCACGGGUCGUGCUGAACAGGUGGUCCUCGUGCGAGAGACCCCCAACACAGCAGGCGCAGGGGCCACGGGUGGCAUCAUUGGGGGCAUCAUCGCUGCCAUCAUUGCUACUGCUGUGGUCGCCACAGGCAUCCUCAUCUGUCGGCAGCAGCGGAAAGAGCAGAGGCUACAGGGGGCAGAGGAGGAGGAUGACCCUCACAGCUUUUCACUCUUGGGGCCUCAGAGCACAGCCCACUCAAGACCCCCUACUUUGAUGCUGGCGUCUCAUGUGCGGAGCAGGAUAUGCCGCGAUACCAUGAGCUGCCCACCUUGGAAGAACGGUCAGGGCCCCUGCUCCUUGGGGCCACGGGCCUGGGUUCCCCCAUCCUGGUGCCUCCUGGGCCACCUGUCGUGGAGGGGGUUUCCCUGGACUUAGAGGAGGAUGAGGAGGAGGAGGAGGAAGACUAUCUAGAUAAGAUCAACCCCAUCUAUGAUGCCCUGUCCUACUCCAGCCCCUCUGAUUCCUACCAGAGCAAAGGCUUUGUCAUGUCCCGGGCCAUGUAUGUGUGAGCUGCCAUGGCCCUGGCCUCUCACCUCUCACUUUUGAGCCCUUCACUUUCUGGGAUCUAGAUCAGGGAUCUAGUGCCCCCUGACCUCUGGCCAGGCCAUGGCCAGUUAACACACAAAAAUGCAUCUCAUCUGUGACUUCUGCCUUGGUGGCUCCACUAUGACCUCUAACCCAAGAUCUCUGACCCAGAGAAACUGGCCAUGCAGAAACCUGGUAACCUUAUCUCACAUGGGGACAGGGGAAUAUGUUUCUGCACAACCUCUGACCCAAGGUCUCCUAAGACUGUGACCUUAGAUCAUACCUCUCAUGUCCCAUCAUCUCCGGACUGCCCCCCGCCGAAGAAGACCCCAGACCUCCGAGUUGUCCUCAGGCAGUAAAAUCCCAAUAAUUCUGUGGGGUAGAUGUUGGGGGUACCCUGCUGCUCAGACCUGAGCCCUCCAGGCAGCAGAGCCCCACUCACCCCCUCCCUACCCUGUCUGUUCCCCAAAAACAAGAGGGAAGGGAUUCCCCACCCCAAGGCAGAGCUUCCCCACCUCCUCCCUCCUGCAGGCAGGAGUCUCAGGGUCCAGACCCUUCCCUGAGCCCCCACUACCCCAAUUCCUGUCUACAGGGAAUUAAGCCUCAUCCCAGGACUAGAUGGGUUAAGUUUCAUGCGGUGUGCCUUGCCGGCCCCAGCCUUGGAAGAAGUUGCUGUUACUUUGAAG